CCUUUUAAUAUUUUCAGAAAAUGUUAAAAGAUUCUAGUUUUAGGAGUAUGUAAAUGAUUGUUUUCUGUGUAAUUUUACUUGUGGAUCUGUGUUUCUUUUUUGGGAAGAUCCACCUAAUAAAACAAACUCUCACAUUGGCUAAAUGACAAGAAAUCGUCUCUUCUCCCUCAUAAUUCCAAAAAUGUUUAAAAGAGAGAAAAAAAAACAGAAAAAUUGGUGACUUAACAACCAAAAAGAUUAUGUGGAAGAUAUGGAGCUUUCUUUCUUUGCUUGUAAUAGGGUUUAUUUCUGUGAUUUGAUGAAUCACAGUGACGGCUACUUCUUUUCUAAAUAGACUUCAAAAUGUUUUUUUAUUUGUUCCAAACAAAUUCAAUAUACAUUUCCUAUCUCUUUACCUUCGUUUGGUGGCAGUAGUAGUCUCUUUGAAGCUAACGUACGAUGUGUAUUCUAACUAUUUUAAUUUGUUAUUGUUUUUUUCUGUACACUUGCUUAAGCUUUCUAUUUCCUCUCAGUUUGUUGUAUAUAUGCUUAGGAUAAUCUUAAUAGUUCCAAUUUCCUCUUUUGCUUCUUUCUAACACAUUGAUUCAAUUUGUCUUCAUGUAGUUAGUAUUUGUCAGAUUCUUCAAAGAAGCAAUCAUAACGCAAUUGAUUACACACAGAAAGAGAGGUUUUUUUAACCACUUGUUCCCCAAAAAAUGCAAACUUCAAAAUCAAGGCCGGGCUCAUUGGAGCUGCCACAAAAGAAAUCUUCUUUACCAACUGCCAAAGUUGCUCGGAGACUCAAGCCAAACGGAACAGAAACCAAGACGUCACCGAAAACUCAAAUCCCAAAACUGGCAACUGAUCGGCGCUCUCCAAGAAUCCCUCUUAAUGAGAUUCAGAAGAAGCGGACAGGAAGGAUACCGGAAUUGGAAUCUCAGAUAUCUCAGCUUCAAGAUGAGCUUAAGAAGGCAAAGGAAGAGCUAAAUAGAUCAGAAGCAUUAAAGAAGGAAGCUCAAGAAGAAGCUGAAGAGACCAAACAGCAGUUAAUGGAGAUCAACGCCUCAGAAGAUUCAAGAAUUGAGGAGCUGCGUAAACUCUCGCAGGAGCGAGACAAGACAUGGCAAUCUGAGCUUGAAGCUAUGCAGAGACAACACGGAAUGGAUUCAGCUGCUUUGUCUUCUGCUAUUAACGAGGUCCAGAAACUGAAGUCGAAGCUCUUUGAGUCCGAGUCCGAGUUAGAGCAGUCUAAAUUUGAGACAAAGUCGUUAGAGAAACUUGUUAGACAGCUCGAGGAAGAAAGAAGAAGCAGCAGAGACUCAUCAUCAUCAUCAAUGGAAGUGGAAAAGCUGAAGGAAGCGAUGAAUCUCGCGAGGAAUGAGAUAAGCCAACUGAAAUCUGCGGUUGAAGUAGCAGAGACAAGGUAUCAAGAAGAGUAUAUACAGAGCACAUUGCAGAUAAGAAACGCUUACGAACAAACAGAGGCAGUGAAAUCAAGAUAUUCUCAGAGAGAGACCGAGUUAGUUGAAGAAUUGAAGAGAACGAAAGCUGAAGUCGAGGUUUUGCGCAAAGGGUUAGUGGAUGAGAAGAAAGAAGAGGACUUGAAGAAGCUUGAAUCGGAUUUAAUGGAAGUGAGAGGGAGUUUAAUGGAGAAGGAGAUGGAGUUGCAGUGUCUGAGGAGUGAAAUGGAGAAGAAAGUGGAAACAGCAAACACGGAAGCUAUGGAAGCUGAGCUUAGAAGAGUGAAAGUUCAGUGUGAGCAAUGGCGGAAAGCAGCUGAGACGGCAGCUUCGAUUCUGAGCAAUGACGAAGAGAGAACUGAUUCUAUUGAGAAUGGCAAAAUGUUGAAGAAAUUUGGUGUGUUACUCAAGAAAAAACCAUAAGCAAUAAUGAAUGAUUCUUUUUCUUUAUGAUAAUUAAUAAAUGGCAUUUUUUCAUUGUUUGUAAAUUUGUAUCAUUUGAUUUGAUUUCUGUAAGUCUUUUUAUUCUUCCUGUAAUCGUUGUCACAUUUGGUAUUCAAAAAUCAAAACUGU